CCAGUUCAAAGAUUACUUCACGGACGAGAAACUGUCCAGUGUUCGUAUUGGUAUAUGUGUGCUCAACACUUGCAACGAGACAGAACUUCAAGCGCUCGUCGACACAGUGAAGCCUGCGGGUAUGAAGGUCGAGGUCAACAACUGCGUCACCAGUAUACCGGUACCGUUGAGCAACGGACAAAAAGGAAUUAUCGUGUUCCUGACAAUACUGGGCUCCAUUGUUGUGAUGGGCACCACUGCUGACCUAUACAUCGCGCGCAAGGCACGAAGAAACGACAAAGUUGGCAUUUUUACUACAUGCCUCAUCGCAUUUUCUGCUGCGGCAAACACCGGCUUCAUAAUAAGGACCACAAAGAAGAACUCGGAUGUCUAUGGCCUCCGCUUUCUCCAUGGCAUGAGGUUACUCAGCUUGGUCUGGAUCAUGCUGGGGCACUCGUACGGCACCAUUUCGGACACACUGUCCGGCUUGGCCAACAACAUAGGGUAUUUCGAGAGAUGGGAAAACAUGAUCGUGACCGGGGGCUACCUCAGCGUUGACACGUUCUUCUUUCUGAGUGGUUUUCUGAUGUGCUACACAAUCGCCAAGCAAAAAGCAAGUGGAUGGAUAAUAUUUCUUCUGGCUACGAUCCGCAGAUUCAUCAGGUCAACGACACCGGUCUUCUUUAUGAUUAUGUGCAUGUACCUGCUGCCCACAAUAACGUCUGGACCGGACGCAAAAACUUUCUUUGACAAGUUUUACUACGAAGUCAACAACCACUGGUGGGACUUGCUGCUUCAAAUACGGAAUUUCCGUGGGGAAAUCACUUUCUCUGUGAUGCCACAUAUCUGGUACCUGUCUGCCGAUUACCAACUUUUUCUUGUUUCCCUGGUGAUCGUCCUGCUGUUAAAAAACCGCCGCAGAUGUGCCAUCGGAGCCUUCGUCCUCCUCUCACUUCUGGGCUGUUCACUGGCUACGUGGCAAGUGGCCGGCACACACAUGAAUCCGUUCAUGGUGGCAAUGACCGAGACCGUACCAAUGCUAGUGGAUACCAUGAACAACUAUUAUGUCCUGCCUUUCUACCACGCCGUCGCCUAUUUUUCCGGAUGCAUCACAUAUUUUCUCAUGAACGAGUACAAGGAGCGACCUAUUUCGAAGGCAUUGCAGGUCAUCGCCUGGUGCGUGUCGCUGGCAGCCGGCUUGUGCUGCCUGUUCAUGAAGAUCGGUUGGUACCAGCAGCGGAAUCCAACUUCAGAGUCCGGGAAGCUGUUCGCAGCCUUCUUCGACCGCAUUCUCUGGUCGCUGUGCGUGUCGUGGAUCACGUUUGCCUGCUCGACGGCCCGAGGAGAGGCUUGA